GGUUCGGGCCGGGGCUUGACCUUCAGUCUUCAGUCUUCACUUCAGUCUCAGCCUAAUCAGUUAGCCAAUACUCGAUCUGAACCUUCAUUGAAAAGUGAAAACACUCGAUCUGAACCUUGAGUUCCCAAACUGGUUCUAAACCUUCAGUUAGCCAGCCGGUGCUGCCGAAGCACUCCAAGCACCGGCUCGGGAUCGAGCACUCCAAGCACCGGCUCAGGAUCGAGAUUAGAGAAGAAAUUGAGCAAGACACUCCAGCACCUUAUAGAGCAUGGCCACUGAUGGGAAUGCUAUUAUACCACUGAUGGGUCCAACUUAAAAUUUUACUGGGCCCGGGCCCGGCUCGUUUUUGACGGCCCACUGCUGAGUUGCGCUGCUCUCUUCUACUCAAAAACUUAACUCUCUGCACAAUCCCCACUACCCAUUGCCAUUUGAUUUAAGGUGUCAGAAAUGGCAACGACAUCAGCUGAUUUGAAAGAGGAAGUGAAGAAGAAGAAGGACGGAUUGGGAUGGAUAGAGUGGUUGAGAGGUUGGUUCUAUGUGGUGUACGAGAUGCUGUUCCAGAGAAUCACUGCCAGCCAUUUGCUAAACCCAAUGCCUUUGCCUCCUGUCAACGAUCUCACAUGCAUUGUCACUGGAUCCACUAGCGGUAUCGGCCGCGAAAUCGCCAGGCAGUUGGCGGAGUCUGGUGCACAUGUUGUAAUGGCAGUGAGAAACACCAAAGCAGCUAAGGAGCUGAUCCAGGAGUGGCAGAAUGAAUGGUCAGGAAUGGGCCUUCCUCUCAAUAUUGAGGUGAUGGAACUUGAUCUACUCUCCUUGGAUUCUGUUGUGAGAUUUUCUGAAGCGUGGAAUGCACGAUUGGGACCUCUGCAUGUUCUUAUCAACAAUGCUGGGAUAUUUUCUAUUGGAGAGCCACAAAAAUUUUCAAAAGAUGGGUAUGAAGAGCACUUGCAAGUGAAUCAUCUGGCUCCAGCACUGCUAUCAGUAUUGCUACUGCCAUCCCUUAUUAGAGGCUCUCCAAGUCGAAUUGUUAAUGUCAAUUCCGUUAUGCAUUAUGUUGGGUUCGUUGACACAGACGACAUGAACGUUGUUUCUGGGAAAAGAAAAUAUACAAGCUUAGUGGGUUAUUCGAGCAGCAAGCUCGCACAGAUUAUGUUUAGUAGUGUCUUACAUAAGCGGCUGCCUGCUGAAGCUGGUAUUUGUGUAACAUGUGUUUCUCCUGGUGUUGUCCAGACAAAUGUAGCGAGGGAUCUUCCCAGAAUCAUUCAAGCUGGUUAUCGUUUGAUACCCUAUUUUAUCUUUAGCCCUCAAGAAGGUUCGAGGAGUGCUCUCUUUGCAGCCACUGAUCCUCAGGUUCCAGAGUACUGUCAAUUGUUGAAAUCAGAUGACUUUCCUGUUUGCGCUUUCAUUUCUCAAGAUUGCAAUCCAACCAAUCCUUCUGAAGAAGCUCAUAAUGUUGAGACUUCACACAAAGUGUGGGAAAAGACAUUUGAGAUGAUUGGCCUUCCUUCUGAUGCUGUGGAGAAGCUUAUAGAAGGGGAAGAAGUUGCAUGCAGAUAUGGGGCUCAUAAUGAGUAACCUUAUUCCAUGAUAGCAAAGGUCUGUGCCCAAUAUAUUGAAGAUUGUUUUUAUACUCGAAUGGAGAGAAAUGCCAUUCAGUUUUGCAAUGGAAGGAAUGGGUGAGUACCACAAGCAUUCUGAAUUUCUGAUUCUGGUAGGCACUUGAAGAGAUGGUUAUUAGUUGUACACUAUUAUUCUUAUUAAGUUUGUGUUUUUACGGGAUCUGAUCUAGUUACAUUGAUUCACUCACCCGUGUUGUAAAAACUAAUGUUUACAACAACCAUCUUGUUAAUUUAGAGAAGUCUAGAACACAAGGAAUAGUAAUGUUGAUUGACUUCGACAAUCGACUUGCCCCUA